AUGUUGCUUUCUGACAUAACCCACUCAGUUAUUUUAGAGUCUGGUGAAAAUCAUAUAAAGUCAGCUACUUUUUUCUCUGAAAAAUUUGAAGUGGGACCAGGAAAAAUUGCAGUGAAGACAUUACUAGAUAUUGACUUUCCAAGGGGUCACAUUGGAGUCAAGAGUUUUGAUGUUGAAGUAGUUGAUGAAGUUGGUAAUUCAGUACUUUUGUAUGAAACUUACCUUCAUCAUUGGUUUGCUGUAAAAUAUAUUGAAAACAUUACCAUGUCGCACUACAUUAAACGAUCUCACGACCUUCGCAAUGGUAUCGAAUUUGAAAGAAAUGAUGGUGCAUGCCAAGGUUUUUUGCUUCCACAUUAUUGGGGCUUGGGUGGAGAAUCACGAGGAACACAUUCAAAUCUUCCAGAUCCUUUUGUAGUUGAAUUAGGUGAUGCUCCAAAAAUCGGGUUUAAAGAAAAAUGGUUGUUUAGCAUCAUGGUUAUUGAUACACGUGGAACACAUGAUAGAAAAGGUUGUACAGAGUGUAGGUGUAAGUUUAUGAAUCUCCCAAAAGACUUUUACAAUGUCACGACGGGCAUUAAUGGUCAAUUGUUGUCUAGGAGUUAUAAAGGAGGACUCUUUUGUUGUCAAGAUAACGUACAAUGCAAAUUAAGAAAUGGUUUUCGUGGCCCAACAAGAAAGCUUUCCCUAAGAUACAAAAUAAGGUGGGUUGAUUGGGAUGAACACCAAGUGCCUCUUAAGUUCUACAUACUUGAUUCAACUGAUCGUGUAAGAUCAAAUGGUUCUACACCAAUUCAUGAUUGUCAGGCAGAGUAUACGAUCCCGAGAAAUCAUGACAACGACUUCCCACAUGUUAAGAAAGCAAACAUCCCAAUGACAAAAGGUGGUUAUCUUAUAUAUGGCACUGCUCAUAUGCACAUCGGUGUUGUCAAUGUUACUCUAUAUGGACAGGAUGGAAGAGUUUUAUGCACUUCAAAUCCAAAAUACAGAACUGGAAAAGAAGCAGGAAAUGAAAAGGGUUACCUAAUUGGAAUGUCAGUUUGUUAUCCAAAACUCGGGUCUCUCAAAAUCGCAAAUGGAGAAAUUCUAACACUAGAAUCCAUAUAUGAAAACAAGUUUCGAAGAACUGAAUGUCAUGCUUUUGAUGUCAUUCAAGGGUUGGAAGAUAUGGCAUCGGUGCAGGGAUUUGCAGGUGCUUCUGAGGUGGACCAUUGCCUUGAAAGUUCAGGUGUUAUUAGGGAAAUUUUUCAUUUUGUUAACGAGGGUGAACCGGUUGUGUUUGCGCAUCCUAUUCCUCGGUUUCCAGUUGUGAAGAAACGGGUGCUUAAUCCAAGCUUUUUGCAAAAAGGAGAAGAACCUCCCGGCGAUCAUAUUCCUGCUUGGUUGCCUGCCUUCCCUGAUCCACAAAACUAUUCACAGUCACCAAUGGUGAAUGGAAGGGGUACAGAACCUCGUGCAGUAAAAUUUGAGCAAGAAAGAGAGAAUGGCAAGGGAGAGUGA